UCAUCAGUCUGUCGCGUUCUCAAGACAUAAGAUGCGUCUAGCGGUUUAUGGUGCUGUACGUAGUCUUCCCUGUUGCGUCCUGAGGUUGAGUCUUGAGGUUGAGUCUCGAGGAAUUGGCGUGUGGUGGUGGUAUCUGGAUAUCAAUCUGAUCUCCCCGGAUAUAACCACAUCGCAAACAAGCAGAGCGGAUUGCUAACUACUAUCUUUCGUAUGCAGACCAGCACGGUUCUCGCGAUCGGAAUCGUGCUGUCGGCGUUCCAGCAGCGCCCUAAUUUCUACUCCGCGUGCGUCUACCUCGCGCAGAGCAACGCAUGUCUAAUGAUCCUCGCAAACAUGGGCGUCUUUGUCGCAGUCUUAAUUGGCCGGAUUUUACAAACGAUUUUGUUUGGCAGGCUACGCGUGAUCGAGGUCGAGCAUCUGUAUGAGAAAACCUGGUAUGCCGUCACCGAGACGUGUCUGGCGAUGACGAUCUUCAGAGACGACUUUGACGCGCUGUUUCUGUUUAUGUUUGUCACGUUGCUGUUUCUUAAGAUUUUUCACUGGCUUGUUGCUGAUCGUGUUGAAUACAUGGAACAAGUAACCCCCUCCUCCCCAAUCCUCUUCCACCUCCGCGUCUCAAUCACGCUCUUCCUGCUCAAAGUCGUCGACUUCAAACUCAUCUGCUACGCGCUCGACGACAUCUCCUCCCGCGGGCCAAACAUGAUGGUCAUGUUUGCGUUCGAAUUCGCAAUCCUCUCUACCUCCGCCAUGGCUACCACCGGCCGGUACAUUCUCUCGCUGAUCGAGCUGCGGAUCGUGUCGAAGGCCGCCGCCGCUGCUGCCGCUGCUGCUGCCGCUGCUGCUGCGAGUCACGCCGCGCCCGAAGACGAGGACGAGGACGACGAAUUCGGGUUUGAGAUUGAAGAAGGCGAAGUCGACGGCUGGGAACGCAAGGGCGAGUUCAUGUUCUACCUCGACCUGCUAACCGACCUCGUCAAACUCUUCAUCUACCUCCCGUUCUUCAUCCUCGUCGUGACCGUCUACGGCCUCCCCUUGCACAUCGUCCGCGACCUCUACCUGACCACGCGCUCGUUCGUCGGCCGGAUCCGCGACUUUAUGCGCUACAGACAGGCUACCUCGCAGAUGAACAACCGGUACCCGGACGCUACGGCUGAAGACGUCGAGCGCGAAACUACAUGCAUCAUCUGUCGCGAGGAAAUGGUCGUCGUCGCUGACCCGCCUUCGUCUCCGACCGAUACCAGCAGCAGCAACACUGCCCACCGCAGACGCAGAGUCCAGCAUGAGCGCAUGCGGCCGAAGAAAUUACCCUGCGGACAUGUCCUCCACUUUGGAUGUCUGCGAAGCUGGCUUGAACGUCAGCAACGGUGUCCAACAUGCCGUCGUCCCGUGCUCGACUCUGCAACUCCCACCCCAGCAGCAGCCGCUCCACAACCGCAGCAACCGCAGCAACCGCAGCAGCAACAGCAACAGCAGCAGCAAGCAGAUGCGCAACAAGUCCCAGCGGUCCCGCCCUACGACCUACGUGACCUCUUCCCCCCACAAGCCGGCACAAUCCCCCUCCCAUCUCGCACCCCACCCACCCCCUACGACCCCCAAAACGCCCAUUCCCCCCUCAACCCCCCACCACCACCACCACCCCCUCACCCACCCCCGCCGCCGCGAUCGCCCUCCCAGAGACCUUCGUCCUCCCCCAAGGCUGGGCGUUACUCCCGAUGCGGCAGUACCGCAACGGCCUGCAGCAGCUGCAGAUCAGGGAUAACGUCUGGAUCACGCUGUCGACGCUGCAGUACGUGAUUCCGCUCGGGAACGGCGUGCUCGGGGUGCCGCCUGUGGAUCCGCUUGCGAGUUUUGGGGUGCCGGUGACGACUGUCGUUGAUUCUUCUUCUUCUGAGUCUUCUUCUUCUUCUGAGUCUGAGUCGGCGUUAUCGAAUCAGACAGAGACACAACCACCCACCACAUCCAGCUCCACCGAUCCCGCGCCUCCUCCUCCGCCCACCAAAAUCCCCACGCAGACCACCCAUCAACCAACACUUGAAGACGCACCCGAAGAAGAAGAGGAGG